ACUUUUAUGGCGCUCCUCUCUCUCUUUCUCUCUCUCUAUCUCUCUCUCGGAAAGGUUGUGUUAGCUCAAUAAUUCUGUUCCACAGACUGUAGGAUUGGCAGACGUACGCUCUUAACUAAGGAUGUAGCCAAUUCAACAGACGUUGACCAAUCUGUACCCACCGCCUCACCUUACACUCUUCCUACUCACGGAUCAUACUGCGUCUCGACUCUCUCAGAUUCUCCGUUCUGAUUAACGGUGGUUGUUGAUAAUCUAAUUCUUUUCAAUUCUCUCUCGAAUCGUUUUCUGCGGAGCGGAGCGGAUAAGACCCAGUAGAGAUUUGCCCGCAGUCAGGUUGGUUGAACCAAAGACUAAGCGGUGGAAAUGGGCGAUGAAGCUGUUCGUGACAUGUGUACUGGGACUCGAGAGUCUGGCAAACUUUAUUUACAUGGAGUUUCACCCACUGAAAAUAGUAGACAGGAGAUAGAGAGGUCCAUGAAAAUUAUAGUAAAAUUAGACUUGGACUUGGAAUAUUCUUCUGAGAAGUUGGUAAAUUUGCAUAUCCUAUUGAUGUACCUUCUGGCUCAGGAAAAUGAUCUUCAUACGAUGGCUUUGGAUAAUAACUAUAUUUCAACAGACUCUAUUGAGAAGUUAUUGACAUUUGAUCUCUUAUCUGGCAUUUUAGAUGCUGAGCUAAGAGAGCUGGACAGUUUUAAGGAUAAUCUCCAAGCAGAAAUUGUUGAUGCCCGUCUUAAAAUAUCUUCAUGCAGACACCUGAGAGAACUAUCUACUAAGAUGGAAGAGAACUUGCAAGAUUCUGAACAAUCAUUAAAGCAGUCUCAAGUGCAGAUUUUGGAGCUGAAGAAGCAGUUAGCCAAGUUUCAGAGGACCAUCUUAGGUUUCAAGUUCGAGAAUGAGCAAAUUGACGUGGGCUUGGAAUUAUCAGAAGAUGGUCAACUAUCAAACAUAAAUGCAAAAUCAAAUAUGAAGAUAACCGGAGAGCAAAGACAUUUGCUACGGAUUCUGGAAAAAUCACUUGCAAGGGAGCUAGAUCUUAAGAAGAAGUUGGCAGAAUCGAGACAAAGGGAAAAAGAACUGGAAGUAAAGCUACACUUUACAGAACAAGUAGCAUUUCACAUGGAAGAAGCGGCUGAAGUUGUUUGGGGAAGGUUUUUGGAGGCAGAAAAUGCUGCUGAGGUGCUUAUGGAUAUUUCAAAGGACAUGGUUGGCCAAGUCCAGCUUGUUCAAUUUAAUCGGAAUGGUUCAAUUCAACGAGAAAUUGAAAUGAAGACUAAGCUUCAAGAUUGCAUUGAACAGCUUAAAGAAAAAGAUGUCACUUUAGAGAAGCUUGAAAGGAGCAAUGCAGAACAUAUUGCCCAAAGCGCUGAAGUGUUUUCUUUGAGAGAAAGAGUGAACCUUCUUGAGGAAAUUCUGAAAGAAUCUCAGGUCCAACUUGUUAAUGCAAAUGCCUGCAAUGAAGCAAGUCAAGAGCAACUCAGUGAAAUGGAAAAUGUAAUUGAUUCAUUGAAAGAAAACAUAGAUAUUGCAGAAAGUAGGGCUGAAAGUGCAGAAGCCAAGGCUGCUCAGUUAACAGAGACAAAUUUGGAGCUCACUGAAGAGCUGAAUUUUCAUAAAGGAAGUGCUAGUAACACUGAUCAAAAGGUGGGUUUACUUGAGAUCCAAUUGCAGCAUGCGAAGGCAUCUUCUGAGGCAAGCCAAGAGCAGCAGAACAUGUUAUAUUCUGCGAUUUGGGAUAUGGAAACUCUGAUUGAGGAUCUAAAAUCCAAGGUUGCAAAAGCCGAAAGUAAGACCGAGACUGUAGAGGAGCAAUGCAUUUUGCUAUCUGAAACUAACUUAGAACUUAAUAAUGAAAUAAGUUUCCUAAGGGCUAGAACAGAAUUCUUGGAGAUGUCUCUGGAUCAAGCUAACAAUGCAAAAUUAGAAAGUGCAAAAGAAAUUAACACGGGGACCAAGUUUAUUAUGGAUAUGGCAAUGCAACUAGCCACUGAAAGGGAGCGCAUCCAAAAGCAGCUAAAUAAAUUAACAAAGGAGAACAAUAUUCUCGUGGAGAAGUUAUGGCAUACUAAGAUUAUGUACAGCCAUGUAGAUGGUGACAACAAAGAGUUACUGUUUUCCAAGAAUGAUCAAAUCAAUGCUACCUGUACAAAAACAUCUGCGGAGGCAGUCACAGGAUCAUUGGAUAAACGUCUCCAGGCAGGUGGAUAAAUCAUCAGGAGAGGAACCUAUCUCUUGUAGUGAAGUGAAAUCUUCUGUUUCCGAAAAUAAUGUUGAUGUCAUGGUUUCGGAGAAUGAGGCUGUGAAAGCGGUGGAGACCAGGCACUCUCACCAAAUUUGUGUGUUUGUGGCGAUAUUUAUCUUACUAAUUUCAGCAUCGGCAACAUAUUUGUUUAGUCAGGAUUCAUUCUUUAAUUUUGAGGGUAAAUGUUUCCAAUGGCCUUAACACCAGAAGAUUUGCAUUUGUAGUGCACAUGUUGUAUCCAGUAAAAUAUUUCUUGUACCACUCUCGAUUGUUUCUUGAGUGUUUUUUUUUUUUGAGUAGUUUGAAUGAGUUUCUGUGUCUGAUCUGUACAACAUAUCAUUGUACUCUUUCCCUGGUUUUGUAUGUAAUGAAAUGUGAAUAUUAGUGAAGAGCA